UACUUCCGUGCAUGGAGGCUUCCGUGGCUUCCGUGGGUUUCCGUUUGUAUGUUCUGUGACUAGGCGGUUGACUAGCUCUGCAGCCAAGCACCGUAGUUUUAAGCUGCGGUCAGGCGCCAUCCUAUCGUGCAAAUCAACCUUGCUGCGUCGAAACCAUGCCUUCGAAGGCGCCCAAGCUCAUGGCUACCCUCGGCAUCGUGGGAUUGGUGCACGCCGCGAUAUCGGCGGCCCAACACCGGUCCUACCUGCGGCUCACCGAGCAGGACUUCACGGUGUUGCCGCUGGACAUCAUCUUCCAGAGCGUGCUGUGCCUGUUGAUCACCAUGUACGGCACCAUGUGCAUCGCGGGCGACUUCAAGGAAGUCCGCGCCACGGUCGAACUCGAGAGCAAGACCUUCGAGACGUUCGGAAACCGGCCGUCCUUCUACAUGUUCUGCCACCGCGGACGGGCGCUGGCUAGAAGCUAGAAGCGUGAACGGUUGGAAGAUUCGCCGCAUUUGCGAGACUCCGUCUUUCACGGCGUCUUUCGCGCUCGCUGUUGUACUGGUACGCGGAGGUGUACAGGCCGCCUGCAUUGGACGACUUUGCGUCGAAAUUUCACUCCCAGUGUACCGUAUCAACUGCGUUAUUGUGAAUGGUUACUCCGGAAGCAAAGCUUGUGCUUUUUGGCUUUUCGGUCACGUGAAUACUACGUUAGAGAGAGAGCUGUUUGGAAACGUAUUUAAGCAGGGUUUAACACAGCACUGUGGUCAACCGCGAAAAUGGUUUUGCUUGCUUGGUGACGUGUGCACACUUUGGGUUGGGAGAAGUUUUCUAGGUUGUAUGUAAUGGCACUUUGCAAAGUUUUACUGAUUGUAUAUUAAAGCACUUCACUACCGUGCU